UUGACAUCCCUCUGUUCACGACUUUACUAAACCCCCUUGUGUGUGUUUUAAUACGUGACAACUUAUUUAUUUGCGCCGUAUUUUAUAAUUCAUAUAACGACGCUCUGGUUUGAGUUUUAAAUAAUACAAAAGUCGUGAUUACGCUGAACUAGCACGCGACGCUAACGUUAGCCCGUGUAACCUGUAUAGAUAACAAAACAAAUAUGAUUUCACCUUUCGGCUAAUUUCGUUGCGCGUACCUAACGCUCCCCUUUUGCUAUCUAUACGCAGGCAAACUAUUGGUUAAGUUAACAAUUGCUUUAACGUUAUAAGAAAUGUUGAGGCGUUCGUACGCCAGCAUCAUUGAACGAGCGUCAAGAAGAGGCAGCGACAUCCCAAAUGCACUACAGUAUCGCCCUCCCGCAGUGUUCCCCAAGCAAGCACACCAGCAUCGUCACUCUUCGUCCUGCUGGAAUCUGUCGAUCAGAAGAAGUGAGCACAAGUUGUGCACAUGUGUUCCGUUGACUACUCAAAGUGGACGUCAGCUGUCAACACAUCAGGAUUUUGACUUUCAGCCCAGUCGAAUGCAGAUCGACAGUAUACUUCGAGCAAAUGAGCAGAGUGUGAUUGUGCCAGAGUUUGAUGUCCGAGGGCUCAGCCUUGUGCGAAGGUUUGAGAGCAACUAUUUAGCCGCCAAUACGCCUAAUGAAGACCGCCGCAGCGCAGCCACCUGUUUGCAGGCAAAGGGCACACUCUUUGGCAUCUUCGAUGGCCAUGGUGGCUGGGCUUGCGCGCAGGCGGUCAGUGAGCGCCUUCUGUACUACAUCACCAUCGCCAUGAUGCCCAAGGGCAGUCUGGAGGAGCUGGAGACGUGCAUGGAACGCGGCAGGCCCGUCCCGCCCGUCUUGCGCUGGUAUAAGCACCACACCGACUUUAAUUACCGCGACUCGGCUUCACUCUACAUCCACCACCUCCGAGUCUUCUGGCAGGAGCUUCUGGACAGCCACGAACAUGAGGAAGGCAUGUGCCCUUCAGAUGCCAUGCAUUAUGCCUUCAAGCGUCUGGAUGCCGACAUCUCCUUAGAGGCUCAAGUUCCUCUGUCCAAUGACUUGAUGAAAAGCACUGCCAUCCAGGUUGCCUUCGCCGGGUCUACAGCCUGUGUUGCUCACGUCGGCCCGAAGGGCAUCCAUGUGGCGAACGCUGGCGACUGCAGAGCAGUGUUGGGCGUUCAGGAAGCCGACGGCACAUGGACCGCUGUGCCUCUUUCUCAGGACCACAAUUGCCAGAAUCAGGCUGAGCUAGAGCGCAUCAGGGCCCAACACCCACCCUCAGAAAGGCAGACUGUGGUCACGGAUGACAGAAUUUUAGGGGUUUUGAUGCCCUCGCGAGCAUUUGGGGAUGUGAGGUUCAAGUGGAGCCAUGAGUUGCAACGGAGCAUCCUAGCUAGCCUGGAGUCCGACGUCCACCCCGACUCGCUCAACCUCUACCACUACACGCUGCCCAACUACCUGACGCCACCGUACCUCGACGCGACUCCGGAGGUGACAUACCACAAAGUGAGGCCACAGGACCGCUUCCUGAUCCUGGCCACCGAUGGCCUGUGGGACGAGCUGAGGAGCCAGGACGCUGUGCGGCUGGUUGGCGAGCACCUGAGCGGCCUUCACCUGCAGUCUCCCAUCUCUCAGUCGGAACGUCAGCUGAAGUUGGGCCAGCUGCAUCAGCUCCUUCUCAAGCGCCAGGCCCGCGCCUCACCCGCCUCUGACGCUAACGCCGCCACGCACCUCAUCCGGCACGCCCUGGGCACCGGUGAGUACGGCGAGCUGUGCCACGAGAAGCUGGCGUCCAUGCUGGCCCUGCCGCAGGACCUGGCUCGCAUGUACCGUGACGACAUCACGGCCAUUGUGGUGUAUCUGAACACGCAGAUUGAUUGAUGGGUGGCGUGAUGUUUUCAACAGAAGGACACUUGAAUUCUAAGACUGGUCUAAUCAAAUUGUAUUAAUUUAUCUUUUGUCUUCAUUUUGGAGCGCAUCUUUCAUUUUUAGAUGAGAUGUUUUUUGGUCCAAUCAGAUUUCAGCCUAUGGGUCAUUCAAGAGUUGGCAAAAACAAUUAAAAUAGCAUUUCUAUAAAGUUAUUAUUUAAAAUAUAUAUAUUUUAAAAAAGACCAUUCAUUCAAUAUUUUUCUUCCUCAAGAAAAUGUAUCUAGCUCAACCAUCAACAGUGCAUUUUUUUUAGUGAGAUAUUUAAUUUGUCAUAUACUGUGUUUAGCACAGCGCUUUGAGAUACGUAAGCCACAGAAACACAUUAAAAAAUAUUUCUGAAUAAAUCCUUUUCAAUUAAAGUUCCAUUUAUUUUACUACAAUUUUAAUUUUAUUGUUACUGUACAUAGUAGCAGGAUUGCAAGGGUUACAAAUUGCUGCUGUUUUGCUCAAGAUGAAAUGCUGCCUGAUAUGCUAACUAGUCAAGCACAAACUUAGCUACGUCAUAAAAAAACAAAAGAUAAAUACAGUAUGUAAGUUUCUGAUUAUAUGAGUAACAGGGUUGUGUUUCUUUGACACACUCUGUUAGGGCUGAAAAUAUUCAACAGACAAUCAAAAUCAAAGGCUAGCCUAUGUGAUUAAGUCGUUUCAUGUGGCUCACUUGUUUACGCUUUAUUUAAAUUGCCAGAAAGGUUCGAGUUAAUGGGAUUGAGUGUUCAAAUACGUUGAGACACAAUGCCAGAUCUUAAUGUUUAAAUGUAUGUAUGUGAUAAAGCAAAAAUAUUUUAAUAUUUUCAUAUCGAUUUAAUUCAUGCAUUUAAUAUUGAAGACCCUGGGACCAAAUGCACAAACUGCUACUGGUAUUGAUACUUGACAGGCUUUAUGUUUCAGAAUGUAUCAUAUCAGGUCAAGCUCAGAUAAUGUGAAGAAGUGGCCAGAUUACAUUUUACAAAUGGACAUUAAAUGAUUUUUUUCUACUGUA